UAAAGGAUUAUCAAUCUUCCUUUGACGGUGUGAUGACUAGAAUCAACCUACCGAUGGAGUACGCAAUCGCAUUUUCUUAAACAAUCUUAAACCCGAGCUUAGUGAUGCGGUGAGGAUUGGUAAUCCUUAUAGUUUACCCCAAGCUUACUACUUGCCGUUGGGUCGUAACACAAACUUUAAUGCUCAAAGUAAAGCUAUACUAGGAACCCAUACUGGUCAAGUGACCACAGCUGCUAGAAGUCAAAUGGGAGGUGGAUCAAAUUGGCAAAACAAAAACAGUCAAGGAAGUAAUAAUCAAGGGGGUAACAAGAAGCCAGUUGUAGCCACUUUUAAUACUAAUAGGAAGAAAAAGUGGUUGACCCUUGCCGAGCUGGAUGAAAAGAGAGCAAAUGGACUAUGUUACUUCUGUGAUGAGAUGUUUGUACCAGGGCACAAUUGUAAGGCUAAAAGGCACUUAUUCUCAAUAGAACUGGAGGAAGGUGGAGUGGUUGCUUUAGAUGAUGUGAAACUUGAUGAGAUUUUGCUAGACGAAGAGGAAACAGUUAUAGAUCCUGUUGAGAAUUGUGCUAUCUCAUUACAGGCUCUUAAUGGAACCAAUGGAUAUAGGACUCUGAGAGUGAGGGGCUUCACUGAAAAAGAAACCUCUUAAUAUUUUCAUUGAUUGUGGAUCAACCCACAAUUUUAUAGAUGUGGAAGCAGCUAAGAGAUUGGGAUGUCACUUGAACAAAAUUAAUGCUCAAGCAGUUCAAGUAGCUGGUGGUGGAGAUAUUCCAACUGAGUAUGUUUGUAAAGGGUUCGAGUGGCUAAUGCAAGGAGAAAUAUUCAAGGAGGAUUUCUAUAUCUUCCCGAUAGGCAACUGUAACUUGGUUUUGGGAAUCAAAUGGUUGUGUCAGCUAGGUGACAUGAUGUUUAACUUCAACAAACUGUCAAUGGAGUUUUACUAUCAAGGGAAGCCAGUUAAGUUACAAGGGAUUAAACCAAGUUUUAAGGAAGUAAAAUCCAUCUCAAUUGAUGAACAAAUCACCUGAGGUGGCACAAAUAUUCAUGAUCAAGGUUAAGGCCAAAGCAGAUUCUGAAGAAAAGGACACAGAAAGAAGUGUUGAACCAGCUGUGGUGUUAGAACUGUUAGAUGAAUAUCAAGGUAUAUUUGGUGAACCACAUCAACUACCUCCUUCAAGAGGAGUUUUUGACCACCAUAUUCCCUUGAUUGAAGGAAGUCAGCCUGUCAAUGCAAGACCUUACAAG